AUGCAUCACAGGAUGUGGCUGCAGCAGAUCUUAUUUCUGUUGCAGAUGAUUCGCCUGGUCGCCUGGGCCAGUCUGGAAAACACAGGGGUGUCUGAUAGACUGGAAAAUGUAACACAAACUAUAUCACGAAUCCUCGACGGUUACGAUAUUCGAUUGAGGCCAAAUUUCGGCGGGGAACCCCUAUUGGUUGGUAUGGAUCUAACAAUCGCGAGUUUUGAUGCAAUCUCAGAAGUAAAUAUGGAUUAUACGAUAACGAUGUAUUUGAAUCAAUAUUGGAAAGACGAAAGACUGGCGUUUUCCCAAGAAGAGGAGGUUCUCACUCUUAGCGGAGAUUUCGCAGAAAAGAUUUGGGUUCCGGACACGUUUUUCGCCAACGACAAAAACAGUUUCUUGCACGACGUGACCGAGCGUAAUAAACUCGUCCGGUUGUCCGGAGACGGAUCUGUCACUUACGGCAUGAGAUUCACAACGACCCUGGCCUGCAUGAUGGAUCUGCACUAUUAUCCGCUCGAUUCGCAGAACUGCACCGUAGAGAUCGAGAGCUACGGAUACACAGUGUUGGACGUGGUGAUGUAUUGGAAAGAAACACCGGUUCGUGGCGUCGAAGAGGCAGAACUUCCACAGUUUACGAUAAUCGGUUACGAAACGAACGAUCGUAAAGAAAGGCUAGCCACUGGCAUAUACCAAAGGCUAUCGUUGAGCUUCAAACUUCAGAGGAACAUCGGAUACUUUGUUUUCCAAACUUAUUUACCUAGUAUCUUAAUCGUGAUGUUAAGUUGGGUCAGCUUUUGGAUUAACCAUGAAGCAACCAGUGCCAGAGUAGCUCUCGGUAUAACGACAGUCCUUACAAUGACUACAAUUUCAACAGGUGUACGUAGCUCACUGCCACGUAUCAGCUACGUAAAGGCUAUUGACAUUUAUUUAGUAAUGUGUUUUGUAUUCGUGUUUGCGGCUCUGUUGGAGUAUGCGGCAGUUAAUUACACUUAUUGGGGCGCAAGGGCGAAAAAGAAAACGAAAAAGAAAGAAACUGACGACAAAAAAGUGAUAUCCUCCAAGUCGGGGAGUAAAGCGAGUUCUCCGUUUCCUGGUUCAACAGAGGCAGAUAUAAUAGAACUUCAAGAUCUUAGAGUGUCUCCCCUGCCGAGCAUAAGGAACAGAUCAGGCCUGGUUAGUAGCAGUUCGACGCCUGGAACCGGAAGAGAACACGAUCCGGCCAAAUUCCCCCCUAGCUUUCGAAUUUCCAGAGUCGCAGCCUACAAUACGUAUGGUAGGAACGUCGGCCUCAGAUACAGAGGACCUAAACAGCACAAACCUAAGGUAUUACACGCAAUACGGAGAGGAGCAUCUGUGUUAAGAGUAUCGAUGCCCAAGAUCAAGGAUGUGAAUAUCAUCGAUAAAUAUUCCAGAAUCAUAUUUCCGGUCAGUUUUAUGCUAUUUAACGCUAUCUACUGGGUAUUCUACUUUCUCUGAGUGUAAUCAUCAACAUUUUCUCGCCACCUGCCGUGCGACGAAAAAGAC